GAUUUUGGAUUUUGGAAAAUCUCCUUCUCUCUUGUCUUCCUGUUGAGGAAGGUAUUAGGGUUCAAUAAGAGUCCCAAUUUACUCAACUUCCGAUUGAUCAUCAUGCUAUGCCUAACUUCUAGGAGGUGCAAUUCCUACGUGGAAAAUAUCCGAAUAUGCUCGAGAGAAUAAAGAACAAGGUAGGGUUCAUUACACCCUAAGCCAAGCACCGACCUUUACUUUACUUUUCCUUGCGGAACACUAACUUUAUUCUUCUUAUCGCCUUUCCUUUUCCAUUUUUAAUUCUUGACCCCUGUGCUUGGCCUGGUAAAAAUCUUGGCAUCACCCAACCCUGAUUGUUGCUUUAUAUUUAUGGUAUGGUAGAAAACUGACAGCGACAGGAUUGAAUUCAGGGAAUACACACCAAGAUAUUAUUAUAAGAUAUCAUUCACCCUUAAAGAGACUCACACCUCCCUUGUUUCCUUCCCUCGAACCUCGAAGCCCUCCUUCAAAGAAUACCCAAAUCUCUAUUUAUUUGUCAGCAAGGAUUCUUUGGUGAUAACAGAAGUCUCAAAAAGCAUCGAUCCUGUGUUAAUUACCUGCAACCGGGUGAUAUGGAUGCUCUAGUUCUCUUGUGUCCAACCCUACCCAGAUUCUUUGCUGGUUUCAUCUCCACGUAUUUUUUAGGUUAUUUUGUGUUUUUUCGAAACUGGGAACUGAAACAUCGAAAAGAAGCUUCAAGCUGCCUCAUGUCCCUAGCUCAUGGCAGUCCUGCUGUUAUUAUGGCUGUCCGUGCACUACUACACAGCCAGACCUUAGGUACCUUUGCUCAUCCCAACUCUGCUUCAGAAAACACAGUCCUUGAAUUCAGUAUGGCUUACUUCUUGGCAGACCUUCUUCACUACAUGGUAUUCUUCCCUGAUGAAACUCUCUUCAUACUUCACCAUUUAGCAACAUUAUAUGUGUUUGUCACUUGUCGUUAUAUGAUCCAUUAUGGAGCACACGGACUUCUUCUGCUACUCAUACUUGCCGAGGUUACAAGUGCUUGCCAGAAUGCCUGGAGCAUUGCCGGUAGCCGGAAAGCUGAUGUUCCUGCCGCUGCAAGAUUGCAUGAAUUCUUGGCGGCUCCGUUCUAUGCUCUCUACUGUCUCGUUAGAGGUAUUUUCGGUCCUAUCUGUUUGUUUAAGAUGGGGGUGUUUUAUCUGAAUGGAGGAGCUCACGGUUUGAUUCCUGCAUGGGCUUGGAUUUCUUGGAUGGUUGUGAUUGGAAGUGCAAUAUUGGUUAGCAUAUUGUGGGUUUCAAAUCGCUGGGCAGAAUGGAUUAGAGAGAGAAGCCAUCAAGCACAGAAGAAAGUUGGGUAGAGUUCUUCGGGGGUUCUCCCGAGGGUAGCUGUAUUGUCUAAAUUGGCUCUCGCAAUUGUGGGUUUAACAUGUGCCAUGAUUGCCCUGCCCUGUAAUUUGGGGGUUUGUAAUUAUACUGAUAGGUGGGCUAGGAGAAGAUAGAACAUUUAUCUAAUCAAUGAAAUUGUUUAACAGAGAUCAGGUGA